CACCGGCACCAGUAACAGCAGCAGCAGCAGCAGCAGUAGAUAGAGACAGUAGAGACACAGUCACUGCAGCAGCCAGGAGAGACUGUUCUUCAGCUGUGCACCACCCACCGCUGCAUUCACCACUGCUCUGAGAACGCAACGCUCAUCCUUGUGCUCUCUCUCUCUCUCUCUCUCUCUCUCUCUGUGUGUCUCUCCCUCCUCCUUCUCCUCCCUCACCUUCUGUCCUAUUUGGAUUCGACUCACUCUCUCUCUCUCUCUCUCUCUCUAUCUCUCCCUUUCUCUCUCUCUCUUUCUCUCUGUAGCAGUGAUGGGGAAGACCACCAUGUAGAGACGGAGAGGCAGCGGAGGAAACAGCAGAAUAGCAGCAAUGGGAAGCCACACAUGGAGCGGGUCUGGACUGCAGCCGUGGUGAGCCUGAGACCUACAGGAGUUGCAACCCCCAUCAUUGCCCUACUCAGGACCUGACCACUGGGGCUGUCCAACGCUCACCUGGAUGAUCCCCACUUGUGUUUCAUCGCCCCCUCCUCUCUCCUCGUUCUUCGCUGCUCUUUCUCCUCUUCUUGUUUCUUCUCUUUGAUGGUUUUUGGUCUGCUGAUAUCCGAUAGCCUCUCCUGAAACAGAAAGGCUGCUCAUCACUUUAUCCCCUUGGACAUUACCUUCAACUGGCAUUCCUUUUUCCUUUUUUUGGUUGUUGUCGCCUGCUUGAUACCUAUUUUGGAUUUUUUUUUUCUCUCCACUCAUCUCUCUGUUGUGCAGGCUUUUUGAUUGAUUUAUAAGCAAUAACAAACACUUAUCUAACUGACUUGACUAGCCGGCAUCAUGGGAGACAUGUCGAACAGUGAUUUUUACGCCAAGAACCAAAGAAAUGACAGCGACCAGGUGGCUGGCUUCGGCUGCUCGGUCAUGGAGCUGCGCUCGUUGAUGGAGCUACGAAGCACAGAGGCGGUGGUCAAGAUCCAGGAGGACUACGGAGAUGUGGAGGGAAUGUGCACACGACUGCAAACCUCACCCACAGAAGGUCUCACAGGUGACCAAGACGACCUGGACAAGAGGAAAGAAAUAUUUGGGAAAAACCUGAUACCUCCAAAGAAGCCAAAAACCUUCCUGCAGCUGGUAUGGGAGGCCCUGCAGGACGUCACCCUCAUCAUCCUGGAGGUUGCUGCACUGAUCUCCCUGGGCCUUUCCUUCUACCAGCCUCCCGGAGAUAGCACCGGAGCGUACUGUGGCGCAGCGGCAGGGGGGGGCGAGGACGAGGGCGAGGCGGAAGCUGGCUGGAUCGAGGGUGCGGCCAUCCUGUUGUCUGUGGUGUGUGUGGUGCUGGUUACCGCCUUCAAUGAUUGGUCGAAGGAGAAGCAGUUCCGUGGGCUGCAGAACCGCAUCGAGCAGGAGCAGAAGUUCCAGGUGGUCCGCGGUGGCCAGGUUAUACAGCUGCCCGUGGCUGACAUAGUGGUGGGGGAUAUCGCUCAGAUCAAAUACGGUGAUCUGCUUCCAGCUGAUGGUGUGUUGAUCCAGGGCAAUGACCUGAAGAUCGAUGAGUCAUCACUGACCGGAGAGUCAGACCACGUCAAGAAGGAAGCGAACAGGGACCCCAUGCUGUUGUCUGGUACUCAUGUGAUGGAGGGGUCAGGGCGCAUGGUGGUGACUGCCGUCGGUGAGAACUCUCAGACUGGCAUCAUCUUCACGCUGCUGGGGGCCAGCACAGAAGAAGAAGAGAAGAAAGAAAAGAAAGAUCGGGCAGCGGAAGACGCACACCGUAAUACAGACUGCUCCCAUCCCCCUAUCCACCCUAUCGCAACUAUAGCCACGGAUGGGGCUGCAGGCAUUAAUGCCCCUGGCAGUGGCAGCCUAAUUAAUGGUAAAAUGCAAGAUGGCAAUAUGGAGAGCAACCAGAUAAAAGUGAAGAAGCAGGACGGAGCAGCUGCCAUGGAGAUGCAGCCUCUGAAGAGUGCUGAAGGCGGAGAGACCGAAGAAAAAGAGAAGAAGAAGCCUUCUGGCUCAAAGAAGGAGAAGUCCGUGCUGCAGGGGAAGUUGACCAAACUUGCUGUCCAGAUUGGGAAAGCAGGUCUGCUCAUGUCGGCCAUCACAGUCAUCAUCCUGGUCCUGUACUUUGCCAUCGACAACUUUGUAUUGCAGGGGCUCCAGUGGUUGCCAGAGUGCACUCCCAUUUACAUCCAGUACUUUGUCAAGUUCUUCAUCAUCGGUGUCACGGUGUUGGUGGUGGCUGUGCCGGAGGGGCUGCCGCUGGCCGUCACCAUUUCCCUAGCGUAUUCUGUCAAGAAAAUGAUGAAAGACAACAACCUGGUGCGUCACCUGGAUGCGUGCGAAACGAUGGGCAACGCCACCGCUAUCUGCUCUGACAAGACAGGCACGCUGACCACCAACCGCAUGACCGUCGUGCAGUGUUAUGUUGCAGAUGUGCACCACAAGUUAAUUCCAGACCCUGGAGUUCUGCCACCAAAAACUCUCGACAUACUGGUCAAUUCCAUCGCAAUCAACAGCGCCUAUACCUCCAAGAUACUGCCCCCAGAUAAGGAAGGCGGUCUGCCGAAGCAGGUGGGCAACAAGACAGAGUGCAGCCUGCUGGGAUUGGUUUUGAGCCUAAAGCGGGAUUACCAGACAGUAAGAAACCAGAUGCCAGAGGAGAAGCUUUACAAAGUCUACACCUUCAACUCUGUCAGGAAGUCCAUGAGCACCGUCAUCAAACUGCCUGAUGGGAGCUUCCGCAUGUACAGCAAAGGAGCCUCUGAGAUUGUCCUCAAAAAAUGCAACCAUAUUCUGAACGAGGUGGGGGAGUCAAGGGUUUUCCGUCCUCGGGACAAGGACGAGAUGGUGAAGAAAGUGAUUGAGCCCAUGGCGUGUGACGGCCUGAGGACCAUCUGUGUGGGGUACCGUGACUUCUCCUGCAAUCCUGAGCCAAACUGGGAGGAUGAGAACAACAUUCUAACUGACCUCACAGCCAUCUGUGUCGUGGGGAUAGAGGAUCCCGUCAGGCCAGAGGUGCCUGAUGCCAUCCAGAAGUGCCAGCGUGCAGGCAUCACCGUGCGCAUGGUGACGGGAGACAACAUUAACACAGCCAGGGCCAUAGCGAUCAAGUGCGGGAUCAUUCACCCAGGAGAAGACUUCCUGUGUAUCGAUGGCAAAGAGUUCAAUAGGAGGAUCCGCAACGAGAAAGGAGAGGUGGAGCAGGAACGUAUGGACAAGCUUUGGCCUAAACUCCGAGUUCUGGCCAGAUCCUCCCCAACCGACAAACACACACUUGUCAAAGGAAUCAUUGACAGCACUAUGACAGCGCAGAGGCAGGUGGUGGCUGUGACAGGAGAUGGGACCAAUGACGGACCUGCUCUGAAGAAAGCUGACGUUGGCUUCGCCAUGGGUCUUGCUGGUACAGAUGUGGCCAAGGAAGCGUCAGAUAUCAUCCUGACCGACGACAACUUCAGCAGCAUCGUCAAGGCGGUGAUGUGGGGACGAAACGUCUACGACAGUAUCUCCAAGUUUCUUCAGUUCCAGCUCACUGUCAACGUUGUGGCCGUCAUAGUCGCUUUCACGGGCGCCUGCAUCACACAGGACUCUCCUCUGAAGGCAGUGCAGAUGUUGUGGGUGAACCUGAUCAUGGACACUUUUGCAUCCCUGGCUCUGGCAACUGAGCCUCCGACAGAGUCUCUGCUGAAGAGGAAGCCAUACGGUCGCAACAAGCCUCUCAUCUCCAGCACCAUGACGAAGAACAUCCUGGGACACGCGAUCUACCAGCUCAUCAUCAUCUUCACUCUUCUAUUUGUUGGCGAGAAAAUCUUUGACAUCGACAGCGGCCGUAACGCACCUCUCCACUCUCCUCCAUCUGAGCACUACACCAUCAUCUUCAACACCUUCGUGAUGAUGCAACUGUUUAAUGAGAUAAACGCUCGGAAAAUCCACGGAGAGAGGAACGUGUUUGAAGGUAUCUUCAGGAACCCAAUCUUCUGCUCGAUUGUUUUUGGCACCUUUGCUAUGCAGAUUAUAAUUGUGCAGUUAGGGGGGAAGCCAUUCAGUUGUAAACCUCUUGACCUGGAAAAAUGGAUGUGGUGUGUUUUCCUCGGACUGGGAGAGCUCAUCUGGGGCCAGGUCAUAUCCACCAUACCCAACAGCAGGUUGCGUUUCCUGCGGAGGGCCGGCCAGUUGAGCAAGAAAGAUAAUUUACCGGAAGAGGAUGCAAAUGAGGAUAAUGAGGAGAUUGACCACGCAGAGAGGGAGCUGAGGAGAGGACAGAUACUCUGGUUCAGAGGACUCAAUCGUAUACAGACUCAGAUUGAUGUAGUCAACACCUUCAAGAGUGGCACCUCCUUUCAGGGGCAAGGGGCUCUGAGACGCCAAUCAUCCACCACCAGCCAGACCCAGGAUAUCCGCGUUGUGAAUGCAUUCCGUAGCUCCCUCUAUGAAGGCCUGGAAAAACCCGAUUCCAGAACAUCCAUCCACAACUUCAUGACACACCCAGAAUUUAGGAUAGAAGACUCCACGCCCAAUAUCCCCCUCAUCGACGACACGGACGAAGACUCCGCUCGGAGGAAGAAGAUCUUCUCCAGCCAGCCCACGUCCCCCAACAAGAACAACAAUGCCAUCGACAGUGGCAUCAACCUCACCAUCGACACCAGUAAAUCGGCUGCAUCCUCCGGCCCCGCCAGCCCUCUGCACAGCCUGGAGACCAGCCUCUAACCCUGAUCCAAAACCUCAGCUCUAACCUCUCGACCGCCUCUCCUUGAAGUCUGGGUGUGCCUCUCCCUAUUUCCCUCCAGACCUUAAACCCAACCUCAUAUCUUGUCAACCCCCACAUUCCCCCCAGUUCCAGCUGAAUUUUUUCCCUCCACCCCCCUCCAGACCCCAAUUUACCACCUUCACAGGACAGGCCCUGUGGCAACAUGCCCCCCCCCCCCC